AAGAAGAAGACCAACUUCCCGUUAGCAACCAGGCCUGGCGUAACGGUUCAUAGGCAGGAUUUGUUGAUGUCAGCUUUACACACAGUUACACAGCUUAUAAAUGUAUUUAUCAUCACUUUUUCGCCGCAUCGUUUGAUAAGAUUAAACAGAAAUAGACAGUAAUUAGCUCGUUGAUAAGCUCUUUUCCCAACACAUAACUGGCUUGUCAGUUUUCCGUAAUUAUCAAUAUUAUAUUACUCGAGUUUAAAGCCCACAAACCCUUCAAAAUGAGCGAACAGCUCAGAUUUAUCGUUGAACAGCUCAACAGGGAGCCGUUUAAGAAAAACUUCAAUCUCAUAACCUUCGACUCACUCGAGCCAAUGCAGUUACUGCAGACUUUAAAUGAUGUUCUGGCCGAAAUUGAUCCAAAGCAAGCAAUUGAUAUACGUGAGGAAAUGCCUGAACAGACAGCCAAGAGAAUGUUCACUCUUUUGGGGAUGAUGAAAUACAAACCUUCUGGAGGCAUUUCUGAAGUAAGCAGUUUCCGUCAAGGUUUAGUGACAGGCAAUAAGCCUGUGGUGCACCCCAUUUUGCACUGGCUGUUACAGAGGAUUCCAGAGUUGAAGAAGAGGGCGUACCUAGCCCGAUUUCUCAUGAAACUUGAGGUGCCUGCUGAGUUUCUUCAGGAUGAUGUCAUCGCUGAGACCUACCAGCAGUAUGAGGAGCUUGUAGAGGGAUUCAAGAACAUCCACAAAGAGUGUGAACAGCUGAAGAGCUCAGGUUUUUCCACAGCUGAGAUUCGACGGGACAUUGUGGUGAUGGAAGAAGAGAAGGACCAACUCAUCAAAAGAGUGGAUCGUCUUAGAAAGAGGGUGGAGGCAGUGUCAAACCACCAAAGCAUGCUGGAACAGGCUAGACAGUUAAGAGUGGAAAAAGAACGAGAACAGUCUCUUGCUCAUCAGAAACAGGAGCAGAAGAACCAGCUCUUUCAGGCUGAGCAGAGACUGCAAAGAUCUCAGAUCCAGCUCAAAGACUUGCAGCAAGCAGCCGCAGAUGCAAAGCCAGAGAGCCUCAUGAAGAGACUCGAUGAGGACAUCAAGUUCAACACCUACAUGGUGUCUGAGAAGCUGCCCAGAGAGCUGGAGAACAUGAGAAAAGUGGUGCAGUACCUACAGAAGGUGGCAUCUGAGCCAGCCAUGGGCCAUUCAGAACUGAGAGAGCUAGAGGACAAGAUCAGAGAAACCAACACCGCGCUCAAUCAGCUGAUCGAGAAAAGAAUGAUGCGGAAUGACCCAAUGGAUGAUAAACUCUCUCUGUUCAGACAGCAGGCCGCUAUUAUAGUUCGUAAGAAGGAGACCAAGGUGGAGGAGUUGCAGGAUGCCCGUGAGGAGCUGGCGGCUAUAGAAAGAGAACUAAACAUGAAGAGCAGUCAGACGCGAGAGCGGGGCGGAACGGAGCUGAUCCGGGGUGAUGAGUUUAAGCGGUAUGUGGCCAAGAUGCGUGGCAAGAGCAGCACGUAUAAGAAAAAGCGUCAGGAAAUUGCUGAGCUGAAGAUGGAGUAUGGUGUUCUCCAGAGGACUGAAGAGAUCCUGAGGGAACGACACACAGCUGGACAACAGCAGCUCCAAUCUCUUGAGGCUCAGCAGGGAAUCUCGGGCUACAGCGAUACUCAGGAAGAGCUGGAGAGAGUUUCAGCUAUCAAAAGCGAACUGGAUGAGAUGAAGGGACGAACGUUGGACGACAUGUCUGAAAUGGUAAAGAAGCUGAAUUCAAUGAUAGCAGAGAAGAAGUCUGCUCUUUCUCCACUGAUAAAGGACCUGAGAGCUCUGAGACAGGAACAUGCGGAGCUGGCUCCAGAGUAUGAGCAAAAAAAGGCUCAGUAUGACACAUGUUCCGCAGGACUGGAGAGCAACAGAUCAAAGCUAGAACAGGAAGUGAGGACACUUAGGGAGGAGACAAUACAGGAUGAAAGCCGAUAUCACUACAUUAACUGCAUGAGAGAGAUCAUCGAAAGCCAGAUGCAGAGAGCGGCAGAUCAGAUUAAGAUUAGUCAGUCAGUGGACUUACAAGUGCGGAGGACAGCUCUCAGAGAGAAGUACAUUGCAAACACAGCUGAUCAGGAGUCCUUGGGCAAGGUUCUACGUCAGCAACUGAAGCAGGUGCGAGAGAACCAGGAGCCCAAUAUGAAACAGAUGAAGAUGUGGAAAGAUCUGGAGAAGCUGUUGGAGUGUAAGAAACAGUGCUACCUCAAGGCUCAGAGCCAAGCACAUAUUGGGCACAUCAUCCAGGAAGUUGGCAAGGAUAUGCUGGUUCUGUGAUGCCAUUUUCCUUGUAAAAAUGUUUUAAUAGCGCGCUCCUAUUUCAGUCGUUUGUAACUCUGUAUGUUUGUCUUUCAGGCAGUUAAUAUAUUAAUUAUUACACUAUUAUUACAGCAGUUAGUUAGCAUUCCUUCUCAAUAUUACUUUCUUCACUUACUCUCAAUCUGUUCUAUGAAAUGUAAAUGUUUCCCCUGUUACAAUACCUGUAAGUACUUUUUUAGAUAUCUUAUUGUUUUCUAGGGUUAAGAGCAAAAGAACACAUAUCCUUAGUGUUGUCUGGAUAAAAGGGUGCAAAUUCUCUGACCCAUCAACUUCCAACAA